UAAACGCACCAUUAUUAUUCAAUGGCUCAACUUUGAGGCAUCAGAGAUAUCAAAUAAAAGUACUAGUACAUGAACAUUUUCUGCUCAAGGAAGAGACAAAAAUAAAUCAAGUGUACACGAUAGUAAAUGUUGAAAUGUAAUACGAUUAGGAUUUCAAUAAUGAUUUACCUACUAUACGACGCACCACAACAUACAUGUAGAUAUUCGAAUCAGAGUGAACUUUAUUUUGAGAAGGCUCAAUAAUUAGUUUGAAAAUGAAUUUGUGCUUGAUUAAACUGAAAUAUCGAAAAAGAACUAUUGAUUUGAGAAAAACAAAAAGAGGAUCACAUUAAGAUUUUCAGAGAACAUUAGGAUGGAAAGGGUGAGCGAGAGAAAGAGAGAGGGGGGAGAGCGGGAGAUGUUUGUGUUUUAGAAUACAGAAACAGAGGAAAAUUAAUAUUCCAAGUUUAUACAGAGCAAACAAUGCCAUGUUUGCACUCCCACGAAACAAAUUUGUUCAUAAUUAUAAUGAUAAAAAGUUACACCAAGAUUCCUGACCGCUAGUCUAGGAACAAUAGAAACAUUGUUUACCUUAGCAUUUUUAAAUCCCCUAAGAAAUCGAAAUAUUAAAUAUGUAAGACCUCGGCUUUAGGGUCCUUCGGUUUGAGACAAUUUGGAAAUUGCUCCCUGGAAAUCACAUGUGCAUCACCAGCAUAACACCGUCCUUACAUUUGACAAUAUAUCUACCAAUGGGGACAAGAGCACUGUAUAUAAAUAAAAUUGGGUCGACUACCGAACCUUAAGGCACACCAAUCCGAUACAUUACCCUAUAUCUGAACUGCAGCAUCCUAUCCAAUGGUAUUUCCGGUAUUUCUGCAAUUCAUUUAGCUCUAAAUGACAGCAGAUUUUUGUUUAAGACUAAUAUGUAAAAUACCUCUUUCAAGAGAUUUUUAACGGUCCAAGUUAUUUUGGGAAACAAGAUCAGAAAUAUACUUCUUUACAAGAGACGAGGGAGUCAAAUCUAGUAUAUUUAUUCCCUAAUUCGACUCUCAAUUGUGAAUAAUUUAUUUUCAGUCACGCCUCACUAUCCUUAAGCACAACCUGUUCACCUGUGAAAGAACUCGGUCAGAGAAUUCCAAGCUAGAGUUAGGAAUUAAGACACUCCUCUCGCAAGCAUUUUUAUUGCAAAUCGGAUACCUAUGCUAAGAAAAAAAUAUAUAUUAGUUGUAGAAAUUAAUUUCUUGACAAUAGUCUCAACCUCCCUCAACGUCGAUAUAUAAACUUUAUUAAAUUGCUUUUCUGACUUGGAAAUCGGGGAACGUCAUGCGUACUAUUCAAAUCAUCAGAAAGUUUCCUAAUCUUGAUGAUAAAGAAAUGUUGAAAAUGAUCUAAUAAUGAAGCAGUAUCAGAAGUAGGAAUACUAAAAGAGGGCGUAAGCAUAACAUUGUUUUCAAAUUCGUGAAACAAUUCACUGGAGCUAUGUCAUGUCAUUAACUGUCUUUCUUUCUUGCCGUCAAUGAAUUGCGAUUUUAGUAAGAGUCUUCCAGAAGAUGACAUCAAAAUUUGUUGAACGCAAUAGAUAAAUUAUAAAGAGAUCAAUUCAUUCCCCUUAUUUUGUUGCUCUCGCGGAUUUUUCAAGAGCCUCUCAUGUGACUAAUGAUAAAUAUACCAGAAAAGAAAUGAUUUUCUUCCAGCAUCAAAAUAGAUCUGAAGUUAAAGUUUCAUGAGUGAGUGUUUUUUUGAAAACUAUUCUGAAAGCUUCCAUCUGUCAUGCUUUAGCAAUUUGACAUUAUAUCUGUUCAAAACAUUACUCGUAGCUAUACGGACUUAUCGAAGUUUAUCGCCUUGCAUUUUACUUCUGUCUGAUUGCUGUCCACAUUAGUCUCAUUUCUACAAAUCGAUAUAUUUCUUGAUCUGGUUUGACUAUCCAUCUCUCAAUCUAUCACCUUUCAUUCUUCCUCAUUUUAUCUCUCUUACAUUCUCUGCUCUAUGUCUCACUCUCUACCUUUCCUCUCGCUGUUUUCUUUUUCUUGUUGUUACUUUUUAACUGUUUGCAAAGUGUGCGCACAUACUAGUAGAAGAAAGGUCCAACCAGCACUACCGCUUUCUCGGUGGCGAAGUCUCUUUCAGUUCUCUCGUGCAUCAGAGGAUUGUCAUUUACUGAAAAUGGCGUCAAAUAUCGGCAGUGAAGCGGGUAGCGGCCGCACACUGUGGAUAAUAUUAAGUGCCUUGCUAUUGAUAAGGCUCGACUGUGUACUUUCCCUUCCAAGUGAUGGGGAUAUCCGACUUGCAAAUGGUUCCAGACCACACGAAGGGCGUGUCGAGAUCUACCACGAUAGCCAAUGGGGGACAAUAUGUGAUGACGGCUGGACUGGUACUGACGCAAGUGUAGUUUGUCGACAACUUGGAUAUAGUGGUGGCUUUGCCAGGACGAAUCUCCAAUUCGGAUCUGGAUUUGGACCAAUAUGGCUUGAUGACGUUGCUUGUUCUGGAUUUGAAUCAAGGCUGGAAGACUGUUUGAAUUCUGGAUGGAACAACCACAACUGCGUGCAUUCCGAAGAUGCAGGUGUGUCAUGCACUGCCAUCGAAGGGGAUAUCACCCUGGUCGAUCUAAAUGGCAACUCAAAUAUACUCGAAGGCAGAGUUGAGAUCUUCUAUAAUGGUGAUUGGGGGACUAUCUGUGAUGAUGAUUGGGGUAACUCGGAUGCUAGGGUAGUUUGUCGACAGCUUGGGUACGUUCUUGGUGAAGGUGAAGCAAAGAGUGGCGGUUCAUACGGAGUAGGAUCCGGCCCUAUACACUUGGAUGGAAUGGAUUGUUCUGGAUUUGAAUCCGUCUUGACACAGUGCGACAACAAUGGCUGGGGCAUUCAUAACUGUAUUCAUAGUGAGGAUGCUGGUGUAGAUUGCUCUGUCUCUGAAGGAACUGUUCGCCUAGUUGAUGGAUAUGAUGAGUAUGAGGGAAGGGUUGAGAUCUUACAUGAUGGUCAGUGGGGGACCGUUUGUGAUGACAGUUGGGGUGACUUUGAUGCAAGAGUAGUUUGCAGACAGCUCGGAUACUCGACUGACAAUGCUCAAGCCAUGAUCGGUGGUGUAUACGGACGAGGAACUGGUCCCAUAUAUCUGGAUGAAGUCGGUUGCUUGGGACAUGAAAGCUCUUUAACGGAUUGCAGCAAUACUGGAUGGGGUGUACAUAAUUGUGUACAUUCUGAGGAUGCUGGGGUUCAAUGUGGAGGCCGUCUUGAAGGAAGUAUCCGGCUCGUUGGUGGCAAUAGUCUAUACGAAGGACGGGUAGAGAUCUAUCAUGCCGGUCAAUGGGGGACAAUAUGUGAUAAUAGUUGGGGUGAUUCUGAAGCAAGAGCAGUUUGUAGACAGCUCGGAUACCCCACCUACGAAGCUCAAGCUAGGACCGGUGCUGAAUAUGGACAAGGAACUGGUUCUAUACAUCUGGAUGAUGUCGUGUGCUUCGGAUACGAAGCCUAUUUAACCGAUUGCAGCAAAGGGGAAUGGGGUGUAAAUUACUGUGUUCAUUCUGACGAUGCUGGGGUUCAAUGUGUGUCAACCACUGUUCCACCACCAGUGAAUCCAUUGCAUUCACGCAUCGUUGGAAUCAUGUCGUUUGUUGGUGUGUCCUUGUCCCUACUGACGUUGUUCUCUAUCGUAGCUGUCUGGUAUACUUGUAGUCGACCCAAACCUGUCACCAAUCCUACGACAUCUCAGCAAAUCCCUCUAGGAAACGUUACUUCUCAUCCUGCUGCUCAUAACACCCCUGCAUCUCCCGCUACAAACGGCAUGACCUACCCCACUCAGGUCGCAACUCAACCAGCCAUCCAGCCACCACCAGCUCCUCAGCAAACACUCAACAGCAAUCCAUAUCCUCCAGAAACUACGGCAAGGUCUGGGUCAAGUCCUCCUGAAUAUAUGUCCAUAGUGGAUUCCCAGACCGACAGUAUGCCUCCACCGAAUUAGAACAAACCUUAACCAACCUCUUUUUUAAAUAUAGAAAUGACAAUUGGAAGGGGCGGGGUCAAUUACAGGCUUGCAGAGGCCCAGUGUGGGGAACACUGGAAUUUGCGUGGGUGUAUGGUCUCUAUGACCAAUCAGAGCGCAGUAUUCUUGUUUUUGAGCUGCUAAAUGUACUUGGCCUAUGAAAAGCUGGCUGCUGACCCAUCUAAAAUACAUCUUCUUUUAUCAUGAUCUAAAAAUCAUUUGUGCUCAAACAGAAAUUAAGUGUGAAAACAACAACUUCUGUUGCAUGAAAAAAAAUUAUUUUGUAUCAUGUUUUAGAUCAAAAGUUUUCCCUAUAUUACAACAUCCUUUUAAAAAUCCAAACACAUGACUUAAAAGAAUGAUUCUUCUUCUUUACAAAGAUACCAAAAACAUGAAAUUUUGUCAAUAUUUAGAGCAGCAAUGGCCGAAUAAAAAGAGGUGUUUGGGUUCGCACCAAGCUCAUUAACUAUGCAAAAACCCUCUAGUCAUGAAUAUCACGUGGAUAAAAGAAGCUACUUUUUCAGGGCUUGCUGACUGACUGUACCAAUUAACACUACAAGGAAGAGUGCAGCACAAUGUAACAGGGAAUGAAUACCCUGGAUAAAUUAUACUUGAACAAGUCAGUUGUAGUUAAAUUUACAUGGAGGUUUAACUGGAGGUUGAUGACCGAUCUGUAUGUUUACGUAUAUCCAAGUAGAAUCCUCAAAUUAGCAUUGAUUUAUCAAUCAAUAAAUCAUUUUCUGCAUAUUUCCAUUGGAUUCCUUUGUAGUUAUAACUCUCUCGUCUCAUAUGUUAUGUAUGUGAUUAUGAUUAUCACUUUUGUCAUUUCCAAUUAAAGAAAUAAAAUACAAACAUAAACGUAAUUUGUUCAUGGGUUUCAACGUAAAUAGAUGUUCAGAUCAGGGUGGCAGCGUUUCAUUCUUAACACAAGUGAGUGUCCUUUCUAUUGAAUUACAAUUUCGGUGAUACCUUUUAUAAUUCAAGAUAAACUUAAAAUCCCAUUUUCAUCGAAGAAAUUUGCCCUUGUAAAUCCUUUUCAUAAUCUUUGAUAUUUCCAAAAAAGGUUUAUUUACUUUAUCGAAUUAAAGUUACAAUAAUCUACUUUGUCCUUCCCCCAACACGAUGUACCAAUGCAAAGUGGCUGAUCGUAAAUUUUAAAAUUAUUAUAAAAGUAAAAUUCUCCAAGCAAAAAGCUGAAAACUUAAUCAAACUCUGAUAACAAAAAACAAAAUUAUUGAAUUUUAAAGUUUAUAGUCAAUCCAAUGUAAUAUUUCCUUUUUUUUUAGGACAAAAAAUUAAUAAAUAUGAUUUAUUCAUUUUCGAUCAAUGUAGGAUUUAGCUUUCCGAGAUUUCACAUCACGUGUAACUUUGUUCGAAAGGUAUAUCAAUUUCUUUCGGUCGUUGUGGAAGGCAAAUUGUCUUUGGUGAAUGAGAGAUUUCAGAUAAGGUGUAAUCCAAGUCUUGUCUGUAGGAUGUAGCUUUAUCGUUUUCAUCUUUUUGUUAAUAUGUUUAAGGGUGUCGUAGAAAUUUUCACAGAUCGGUUGAAGGCUGCCUUUCUGAUUAACCUCGGACCAGUCGUGAUUGCAAAUCCACUGGCCAAAGGAACGAAUACCUGACUCUCAUAGGUCUGACGGUUCGUUUCCUGGUUGACAGAACUGUCUGGUGGGGAUGUUUUUUCCUGGCAACUACAAGACUGUUAGACAGUCCAACCGGUGACGAAGGGUUCAUUGUAUUAAGGCUUGGAGGUUGUUAGUAAUGAUAUGAUGAAGAAUCGCAUCACCCCUUUAACAUUUUUAAAUCUUGUUCAUUAAGAUGUAAUUUCAAGAUUGUGUAUAGGUUUAUAACCCCCGUGUUUUAUUUAUGAAUAAAAAGGUGGAAUUUG